AUGAACGAUUCCAUAGACUACCCGCUCCCACAGGGCCUCCACGUAAUCCCCAAGGAGCUCCUAGACAUGCGUUCAGACGCCGAGAUAGACCACUCCAUCCUCCACCCCCCUCCCGUCACAGACGAGAAGAACAUAUGGUUCUUCUGGCACACAGGCUACGCCAGCAUGCACGCCUACACCAAACGCAACAUCCGGGCCUGGCACCGGCGCCUCUCCAAACUCGGCUGGACAAUCCGGGUCCUAGACCGCGCCCCCGGCUCCUCCUCCAACAUAUCCAACUUCCUCAACACCUCAGACCCGACCACCUUCCCCCGCGCCUUCACCAACUGCACCAUAAGCGGCCGCUACGCAGCGCAGCACGCGUCAGACCUAGUCCGCUUCCCCCUGCUCCUGCGCUACGGCGGCGCGUACGCGGACGUCGGGCUGCUGCAGAUCGGGGACCUGGACCGGCUCUGGCGGCGCACCGUCGCGGACCCGCGCUCGCCCUACGAGGUGCUCUCGUAUAACCUGCACGGCGGGCUCGCGAACUACUUCAUGGCCUCGCGGCCACGCAACCCGCUCUUCCGGCGGUGCCACCGCCUGCUCCUCGCGCUGUGGGCCGAGGCCGACUCCGACGGCGGCGGCAAGACGAGCACGGAGGGCAUGAGCGACAGCCCUUUACUCGCCGGCGUGCCGCUGAUGAGCGGAUCCUUCACCAUCACCGAGGAGGACGGGCGAAUCGUCCAGGCCGCCGAGGUGCGCAAGAUGCUGAGCGAUUACAUCAUCCAGGGGCAGGCCAUCACGCUGGUGAUGGGGCUCGUCGACGAGGAAGACGGCUGGGACGGGCCGGCGUACGUCGCGGAGCGCGUGUACGGCGUCGACUGGAUGGAGGGCUCGCAGCUGAUCAACGAGUUCACGGGCUGGGACGGGAGGAAGGCGUUCGAGCUGAUGUCGCUCGCGCUCCCGAAGCGCGGCGAGGCGGAGACCGCCGAGCAGACGCAAGCGAGGGAAAUCGUGGAAGCGUGCUUGCGGAGGAGUUUCGGGUUCAAGUUGGCGCACGGGUUGAUAAUAAGGGUGUAUGGGUGUACUUUGGGGUCGUUGUGGAGGGAGCACGAGGGCUCUGAUGAUGUUCCUGGGACGUAUGCUCAUUGGCUGAGGUAUGCGACCAACUACUGGAACCAAGACGAACUACCAGCCCCUUUAGCAUUUCCCGUAAAAGAACCAUUAAGAAGGGGGCCAUUGCUUGGUGGGAAUUAG